AUUCUACAUUAAGCCAAGCCUGCUAGCAUUAGCAUCAAGUAAGCUACAGCCAAAAAUCACAAUUCAUACACAAUUCUCAUAACAAACCACUUCUUUUACUAAGUUUUCCACUUAGUAAGCUUAGUAAGUAAUCUCUCUAGUCUUCAAUAAUGUUAAUGCAUAUUUACUAACCCGUGGUAAAGAACAGAAACACACACACAUUGAGCGGUGUUAGCUUCACAAUGCAAAGAAUUAUUUUUCUGCUUCACACACUUACCACCCUUAUGAUAAACGCCCUCUAGUGUCUCGAUGUGGAAUAGCAUGUUAAUGCCCGAAACUGCCACAAAAGUGCUUGACUGACAGGUUAACAAAACAAACAUUAAUUUCGAAAAAAAAUCUUCACAGGUGAUUGUUUUUCUCUUUCUCUUUUAAAGUAUCAUGUUUUAACAGAUUACUGUUUGCACAGAGAACCGAUUAGGCUUCUUUUGUGUGCAGGUGCAGGUCAGGAAUCAGUUUAUCCAUACACUCAGUGAAACUACACUCAUCCCCACGGUUACAGCCUUAAAGCUUUCUUUUAGCGUGAUUAGUGAUCAAACAUCUGACACGUACAUGGAUGUGUAUGUGUUUGUAACUAUGUUUGGAUCAGAGGUCACUGACUCUGAUUGGUUCCUCCAGCUGUUCUCUGACCGCCCAAAAAGGAGGAGGUGAGGAUGAGGGUGGACCUCAGAGUCCUGAUCCAGGUUCCCCGAUAAAACUGCUGUCAUUUGAUUAAUGAGAGCAUGCUCGCCUCCAUUCAAAGAGCAUGCUCAGUAGCGACUGUUUCAUUAAGUCCAUUAAGAGUAUCCCCACACCUGAGCUAGCCGACUUCAUUCCUGCCAAAAUAAAGGGCUUGAAUGCAAUAAUCACAGCUGUUUUAGACUUUCCAGAUGUGGAAGCGAAUGGAUCAAACACGGCACCAGACGAAAAGGAAGAAAAAUUGCCUCCUUUUCAGGCUUUCAACACUACCAGAACCUGGACAGAUAUGACAAACAGGAAACUGAAUGUUCAUGAACGUCAGUGAGGAAAACUGUACACGUGACAGCAGCCACAACCAAUGAGACAAAAGAACUUCUGACAUGUGACAAGGUGGUAACUCAACCCAAGAUUAGAAUCCUUGCAGAUGGCAGUGACAGUUACUCAUAGUCAUGUGACAUGUUCAGUCCUGUGACCUGUGAAACAGGACGUGUUCAUUUAUGGCUCUGUGUUUGUCUGUGUGCCCACCCCACUCAGAGCCUCCUGUAACACCACAUUAAUUAAACAUUUUCUUCUUCUACAAACAAAACUUAACAAUAAAGGAGUCAGCUGAGAGCUUAUUGGCUCUCUGACAGGAAAUACUGACUAAAAACAGCGUCUCCAAGGAUGUGGAUGUUUUACUUCUGUGUGUUUGAAAUAAGCUCUGAAAGCAGCAGCAGGUGGAACCAACAGGAUCCUGCUGCUUCAAAGUCCUGCAGCAUGUUGGCCUACUUAUCCUGCUCAUUAAUGCCGGGUAAGCCUCUAAUGCUCUCUCUCUCUCACACACACACACACACACACACACACACACACACACACACACACAGUGACAAGGCGCUCUGUUCUCUGGGGACAAAGCAGAACAACAGAUCAAGGCUGAAACACAAAAACAUGAAUGUGUGAUGACAUGAGGAUGAAAUCAGCAGCAAGGUCAAGAGACAUCGGCCGACUGUAGGCCAGCAGAAGAGAGCGAGGUGGAGGAGGUCAAAGAUGAAGAUGUUGAGGUCCUGCAGGCUGCUGCUGUGGCAGGUGGCUCUCAGACUUUCUUAUAAUGUUGUUAUAGCGAGCCUAUGUCGGGAGGGCUCCGACAUCUUCACCUCAGUCAGAGAGAAUAGUCCAACAGGUGAAUUCAUCUCCAGCAUCAACAUCACUGCAGGUCCACGAGCUAACACCAUCCGCCUGUGUCUGUCGGGACGCAACGCCAACUGGUUCUACUUAGAGGGCCGGACCAUCAGACUCAACUCCUCAGUGUUCAGAGUCCUCGACCGAGAGGUGGAGGGAUCAGUGCUCAUUGCAGAGCUAAUUUGCUAUGAAAAUGACAUCAUACAGGGUAACUACAGGAUUUUGGUGGAGAUUCUGAAUGAAAAUGACAACAAACCAAACUUCCUGUUGGAGACAAUUCAGCCGUUCACCAUCAGUGAGCUGACAGCAGUGAACUCGGUGGUUUUCACUGUGAAGGCUGUUGAUGCAGAUGGGGACAUGAUCAGCUACAUCAUCGACCCGUCAUCACAAGAUGCCCAGUUCUUCAGGAUUGACCUGCCCAAUACUGGAAAGGUAGUUCUGAACAAACCUCUGGACUAUGAGACGAGAACUCACCUGCAGCUCAUCAUGUGGGCCCAGGAAUCAAACACCGUGGACAAGUUCAACACAUCUGCUGUUCUCAACAUCAACAUCGAGGAUGGUGAUGACCAGUAUCCUCACUUCUUGCCCUGCACACCUGUGUCUCCAGGUGUGCCUGUCUGCAUGAAUCCCACCUACACAACCAACAUCACACAGAAACACCAGGACGUGGGUCUGGACUUUUCUCCUGGCCCAAUCACAGCAGAGGAUGGAGACAAAGGGAUCAAUGCUCCUCUCACCUACACCAUCCUCUCAGGUCAGACUCACUCACACUCACCAUUAGACUCAUGUACAAACAUGUGUGUACAGGUGUGUUUGCUUCACCCACAGGUGAUGAUCAGGGCAGGUUCACGAUCAACAACACAACAGCAAUUGGCCACAGUGUGCCAGGUGGAUGACAGGUUGAAGUACAGUGUGGCAUCAGUUCUGGUCAGAGUUCUCUAUGAGAACGCAUUUCCUCCGGCCUUCAACAGAACCACUUACAAAGGUUUCAUCAUCCAGAGCUCUAGCCCUGCCUCCAUCGUCUCCACCUAUGGGAACCAGGUGUUGCAGGUCCAGGUGUCAGACCGUGACUUCCCUGAUGGCAGGAACCCAAAUAUCCACUAUUUGCUCCAUCCUCCAUCCGAAUUGUAUCAAGUCACAAAGGAGGGGGUUCUGAUCGCCAAGACAAACCAACUACGCGCCUUUGACAGACAAAUCCUACAGGUCAUCGCCAGAGAUGAAGAGUCGGGAGAAGAAGUGUCAGCUUCAGUGGACAUCGAAGUCCUGCAGAGAGGCCAAGCAGUGCCAAGUGGUGCGUUCAAGGAGCAACAGUUGUUUGGAGACGUGGACAGCACGCUGGCAGGAGGAAUCGCUGUGCUUAUCCUCAUCGUGCUGCUCUCUGCGAUUCUGUUUCUGCUACUUUGGACCGUCCAUAGGAGACGCGUGCAGAACCCUGAGGAUCGCCCCGCCAUCGCCUUUGGAAAACAUCCCAAUGUGAGGUUACUGUGGUUUCACAUGGUGAGCAGCCCACCUGUCUUCGUGGACGAGUCGUCACACGGCAGCAGAGCUUUUACUCGUCAGUCUGGCAGUUUUCAUGGCAGACAAGGAGUUUACACCAGGAGGCCAUCUCUGCUUCCUCCUCCAUCAUCAUCACAGCUCAGCGAGCCUGGAGAGAGCAGGACCAGACCCCCUCUUCCUCCUCCAUCAUCAUCAUCACACCUGUUUACUGUUGCAGAGAAACAUGAAGGUGGAGCUCACACCUGGGAGGAUCUGAGGUUGCCAGUUGAGCCCGCAAGUAUUCAUGGUGAAGACAUACCAGCAGUCAACACUGGGAUGCCUCAGAGAGACGAAAACAUGAAGACUGAUUGAUCAGAGGAGAUGCCACUGGUGUCCAAACCCUACCAAUCAGAAACCAGAAAGAAACGAGUCACAUAUUCAGCCAAUUAGAGAGCAGGAAUCCAAACUGUACUUUAGUCAUACUCGUGAUUCACUUUUUUUUCUUCUGGCGGCCUUAUUGGGGGGUUUUUGUGGAGAAAAAAAGUUCAAAAAUAAAAACAAACUUUUAAUGAUGUCAGUCUUUUUAUUGUUUCCAGAAGAUUAAUUAAUUUUGUUCUGAUAAUCAGAUCUCGACUUUAAUAAAUCAGGAUUUUACAGACACAUUUGUAAAAUCAACCCAGCCAUCUGUCCGUCCAUCCAGCCAUCAUCAAUCCAGGUAUCCAUUUGUCUGUCCAUUCAUCCUUUACCUUACCCUAACCUGUCACCUGAGGAGUCAGUCUUGUGUUCAUGUUUAUCAAUCAGGACUAUUGAUCAGUUUCUUCUUUUUUUGGUUGUAAAAAAAAAAAAAAUCAUCAUCCCCUACUGCAGCUCUCGAGGUGGAAGCUAAAGCUCUUCACCUUCCUCACUUCUCCCUGGCUCUUCUUCACACUAAAAACAGUUAUCAUGUUUCCAGUGAGAGAUCACGUGACCGGUAGUCCUUGUGACAUCAUCGUGUUGCAAAAAAAAGCAUAUUAAACACAUAAAGAAAAAUUUAUAAAACGGAUCAGUAUUGAUUACCUGCACUGAUAAUGUCUGAUAAUAAAACACAUUUUAUUUAAUAUUU